AAUACCAAAAUCCACACAAGCACAACAAAGCCACAAACGCAAACCCCGAAAAGGGGAAGCGGAAGAGCCAAAUGUUAAACAAAACUGAAAUUAGUGAAGUUCAGGGUACCUGAAAUAAUUGUAUCGGUAACUAGACACAGGCGUGUGAAGAAACAGUUUAGAAAUGCAACAUUUACAAGUCGUUUAUCGCGUCGACAAGUGUCAGUUGAGGUAAAGGUGUGUUACGUUAGCUCGUAACGGUAACGUUAGCUAGCUCAGUUUAACAACAAGAGGCUGCAGCGCUCAUGAAACCGAUGGAAAGAAAGUAUUUAUCGACCAGUUUGUUAUGAUUAUUAAGGCUGUCCUCCAGUUUGUGUCAAACCAACCCGUACUGUUUCAUUAUAGUGAACAAAUCUGGAUUUCUGCCCAGUCCUCUCUGUCUCCUGUACUCUGUGAAAUGGCCUGACUGCGAAUUCACUGGUUCCAGCAUCAGAUGACAAUGGCCAGAAUAGCCUGGUAUCAAGAGAAGAUCGGGGCCUAUGAUCAACAAGUCUGGGAGAAAUCUCUGGAGCAGACAGAUCUAAAUGGCUUGGACAGCAAACCAAGGAAGACGGGUCACAUCAAAGCAGACCUCAUCGAUGUCGACUUAGUAAGAGGAUCAACUUUCAGCAAAGCCAAACCAGACAGUCCCUGGACAGCUCUGGCUCGAAAGGGUCUGGUCAGAGUGCUGCUGUUCCCGUUCUUCUUCCCGUGGUGGAUCCAGGUGACCUCCAAGUCCAUCUCCUUAUGUAUCCUCGUGCUGUACUUCAUGCAAGUGGCAGCAGUGGUGCUGUACUUGGAGGUCCCUGGGGCGUGUGCCAGCGAGGUGUUUGGGCCAAUGUGUCUGAUGCUGCUGCUGGGUACCGUACACUGCCAGAUUGUGUCGACUGAGUCCAGCCGGUGGCCCUCAGGCAGUCCAGCUGCCAGCCGCACCACCAGCCCGACUCGCAGACGGAGGCCCAGGAAGGGCAGAGGACUGAAAAAAACAGAAGAAAAGAACGGCAGCAGGGACACAGAGCAGCAGGAGCAGUUUGAAGAAAGCCAGCGAUUGUACAGGAAAGAAGAAAGGAGGACCACAAGAAAGUCAUUUGGGGCAUCGGAUGAGCUUUCCAGUGAGGAAGAGGAGGGGUUACAACCAGUGGAAGUAAUUCUUCCAGUAUCUCAUCAAGAGAGACACCCUGCUACAACAUGGCCGACAUCUACACCAGUGUCUUCUGUUAGGAAGAGAACUCUAAAGUCGAACUCCAAACUCACAUUAAGACCUCAGGAACGCAGCCAUGAUGUUCGGUGCAUUGUAGACACAUGCAGACACUUUUCUGGAACCACUUGCCCGUCGGUACCGACACAAGUCUACAGAAGCGAAGGCAGUGGGGCUUCCAUCAAGGUGAAGCCACAAGCUGUGGAGCGCCUCAGGCCGAGCGUGGGCUCUCAUCCCGCCUCCGACACUGAUGACACACUGUGGGAGGAGCUUCUCCAAGGGCCUGACUCCGCCUCCACAGGAAGCAGUGACAGCGACUCGAACGGGAGGUACAACGCUGGCAUUUCGCUCCCACAAACCACCGCUCUGAGCAAUGAUGAUGAGAGCAUACAGGAGGGAAUCACCGGAAGCCAGCUGUCUUGGCUGCAGGCAUGUCACCCAUCCAAGGACCGUGUCAGUGCCAUAAUAUGGGAGCAGGGCGAGUGUAAAAAAGCAGACAUGUCAGUAUUGGAGAUCAGUGGGAUCAUCCUCACACGGGUGAAGUUGGUGGAGCAGGGUAUGGGUUACCUUGUGCUUGGUGGACUGAUGACCGCCACCCUGGCGCUGCUUCCCUUUUUCUUCCACUUGGCUCAGCAUCUGGACAUGUCGAGCUUUUGCUCCCUGUCCCUAAAAGAGCUGGGAGAAAUGGCGUUUUGGCAGCAUGAUGGCCAGGCCUACGCCUUUUACUUCAUCACAACGGUGCAAAGAGUCUGCCUCAUAGGACUGUUCUUCUUCAUGAUGUGUGUGGCGGAGAGAACGUACAAACAGAGACUGUUGUUUGCUAAGUACUUCAGCCACCUCACUUCAGCUCGCAAGGCCAAGAAAUCUGAGAUCCCUCAUUUCAGGCUGAAGAAAGUCCAGAACAUAAAGAUGUGGUUGUCACUACGCUCUUUUCUCAGGAGACGAGGGCCGCAGCGCUCUGUUGACGUCAUCGUCUCUACUAUCUUCCUUUUGGCGCUUUCCAUUUCGUUCAUCAUUUGUGCCCAGCUACUGCACAACCACAAGACAUUCCUAGAGUCCCUGACAAACUGGGAGCUGAUGGUGUGGGCCUCCUCCCUCGUCCUCUUUCUGUUACGGCUGGCCACGCUGGGCUCGGAGACUAACUGCAAAUACAGUAACUCCUCAGUGCUGCUCACUGAGCAGAUCAAUUUGUAUCUCAAGAUGGAGAAAAAGCCCAACAAGAAAGAAGAACUCAAUAUAGUAAACAAUGUUUUGAAACUGGCUACAAAACUGAUGAAGGAGCUGGAUAUUCCAUUCCGACUGCUAGGUCUGACCGUGAACCCUCUGAUCUACAACCUCACCAGAGUGGUUAUCCUGUCCGCUGUGUCUGCUGUGGUCAGCGACCUGCUCGGCUUCAACAUCAGACUGUGGAAAAUCAAGCCUUAAUGUGAAAACGGCAAACCACUAACAGUCGGACACUGGAGACCAGAAACUCCACGUGUCUGCUGCAUACAGCGUCUCAUCUACAAAAAGAGUGCAAACCUACUGACUGAAUCAUUGUCUGUGCCUGAAACUUCUGUCUCUUGAUAUUCAUCAUUCAUUCACAGGCCUGAGAUGCUCUGACAGUCGCUUACACACCGUUACUGGCAACUCAGCUGGUGUCCAUCCGCCACGCCACUAACCCAGUGCCUAACCUUGGACCCUUGAAUGUUUCUCAGUAUGUGGUUAAAAAUAGUGGUGAGUUUGAGGUCGGAGAUCAUUUCAGGCUUCUGUGGCAUCCGGAUUUCCAAAUGUGUCUUGGACAGAUGUGUGGACACAAAGUGAAAUGUAAAUGCUGAUGAUAAUGCAGAUAGUUUGUUUAGUCUUAUUGGCUGAUGUGCCUCAUCAUCAGUAGUAGGCUACAACUAACUGUAAGACAAGCUAUGUGCUUUUUAAAGCCGGUAAAUCAAAAUUGGGCUGCCAGCUUAAUUAAAUGAAUUUUCAUAGGACUCAAACUUUUUCGAUCUUUUGCACUAUUUAAUAACGAAAAAACAUUGUGAUUGUAAAUGGGCUUUAUUUAUUUUGGGGUUCUGUUUUAGCGCUUAAACUUGUAAUGGUACCUGUAAAUCAUGACUCUCUGACCACUAUCUGUCUUUUGUGUUGAGGACCAUAAUUGAUGAAAAUAACUAUGCAACGUUUGUAUAGUUAUGCUUUAAGAAAAUAUUUGAUAGAGGUGAAUAAAUGUUUGUCAUCCGUG